UUAUGAACUUGACGCCUAAAUCGGAAAAGACGGCUUUUACUCCGAAAGUCUUCACCCAUCAACUUCCGGACAGGAGUUCGGUCGGCUAGCUAGUUUCGUUUUUUAACGUAUUUCCGGUGUGUGUUUUUUUUUUUGCGGACUGUCCGAACAAGCUUCUCGUCGAGCGAGUACGCCCCAUGUCGAGCGCGACCAACGCCGUGGAGUGGGUCGAGUCCACCGGGGCUGUUUUCAUCAUAGAAGGCUGCCUUCCGGCGGACAGCAUUACUACAGCAGUGAUUCCGGUGCCAGAGCCAGUGAACUCACCCAUCCAGAAGUUGCUGGAGAAUGGAGACGACCCAGAGGGCGGAGCAGGCUUUUGCUGUGACGAGUGUCUGAUCCUCUUCCAAGACCACGACGACUCGUCCAAGGUGGGCAGCCCCUCCUUUUUCCUCGACUUCCCCGCCAGCGUCGGCGUCCCCCAGAGGGCGCUGUUGACGCUGCCCUACGGCCUGACGGUGGGCAGGUCCAGUAUCCCCAGCGGGGGCGUCGGGGUCAUCAACCACGGGCCGGAGGUCUCACCCGGGAUGCAUUUCGGACCGUUUGAGGGCGAGGAGACCACCGUGGAGAACGCCAUCACAAGUAUCUUCUCUUGGGAGACGUACAAAGCACAGGAUGAUUACGCGUACAUCGACGCUGCUCCGGAGUCUGUGUCCAACUGGAUGAGGUACAUCAACGGCGCUCGCAGAAGAGACGAGGCCAACCUGCUGGCGGUGCAGUACAAAGACCGCAUCCUGUACCACUGCUGCCGCAGCAUCCACGCCGGCGACGAGCUGCUGGUGUGGCCCAGCGACACGCUGCUCGGACGCUUCAGCGCCGCGUGGACGCAAAUGUUUCAGAUGCGGCUCAAGUCUGCAGAGAACAUCCCACCUGAUGUGCCUCAGGUCUUCCUGUGCGUCCGUUGCCAGCUGACCUUCACCACCGAGGCCUUCCUCCAGCGCCACGCCGACCGCUUCCACUCUGCCGAGGUUGAAAACGGCGAAAACGGCCUCCGCGCCUCCUCCUCCCCGACGACGCCGCCGCCGCCGGUCGACGCUGACAAGGUUCUGAGCUGCUCCACCUGCGGCAAGGCCUUCAAGCACGCGUCGUACCUGAAGAGACACGAGCUGUGCGUGCACGCCAACAAGCGGCCGUACUGCUGCACGCUGUGCCGGCGCAGCUUCAACCAGGCGUCGGGCCUGAUCCGCCACCAGCUGGCGCACAGGAAGUGCGGCGCGUUGAGAGCGCCGGAAGUGAAGGAGGAGGGUGCCGCGGCGGACGAGCCGAGUGAAGCGACGGAGGCGGAGAAAGGUGCGGAAUCAAACCAGGAGGCGGAGAAGGAGCCCAGCGGUUGCUCCGAGUGCGGGAAGUGCUUCCAGAACGACGCCUGCCUGAAGACGCACACGCUGCUGGUGCACGACAAGAUGCGCUCCUUUGUGUGCAGCGUCUGCCAGCGCCGCUUCGGACAGUUCAGCGACCUGCAGCGCCACCUCAAGCAGCACCGCCGGCAGCGGAAGGCUCCGCCUCCCGACAUGCCCUUCAGCUGCGCCGCCUGCUCGCUCGCCUUCGCCAGCGUGGACCUCCUGCAGCAGCACAUCCUCGCCGGUCACUCGGAGGAGAGGCCGGACGAGAGCGACCCCGACUACGUCCCUCGGUCCUCGGAGCGCGCGGAGAAGUGUCAGCGGCCUCGGCGGCACGGCUCCGCCUCCAAGAUCUCCGCCAUCACGCGGCUCAUCGCUCCCAGGCGGCGAGCGUGCAGGAAGAGCGCGCCGGAAGACGAGAAGCCCGCCAAGUGGUUCAGCUGCAACGGCUGCGGGCAAACCUACGCCGACCCGGACGAGCUGCGGGCGCACGCCUGCGUCGACAAGCCGCACGUCUGCUCGCACUGCGGCGCCGCCUUCAGCAAGCGGACCUUCCUCAGGAGACACGAGCAGAACGUCCACCGGACCAUCAAGUCCUGCUGCUGCGAGCUCUGCGGCAAAGUCUUCACGGCCGCCGCCGCCCUGGAGAAGCACCAGCAGACGGACGCCUGCAGGAAGUACUACUACUCCUCGGAGCUCUUCUCCUGCCCCCACUGCCAGUUCUCCUUCACCGCCAAGAGCUACCUGGCCAAGCACGUCCGGAGGCACCACCCGCUGACGUACCUGUCCACGCCGCCGGAGGACGGCCAGGAAACCGCCGGGGAGCUCCUGUGCCCGCACUGCGGGAAGCGUUACCUGGGCGCCGGCGCCUUCAAAAGCCACGCCUGCUUCCAGCAGCAGGUGAAGGUGCUCUACCUGUGCAACGACUGCGGCAAGGGCUUCCCCAACCCCAACGCGCUCAAGCGCCACCGCCGCACGCACACGGGCGAGAAGCCCUACGCCUGCCCGCACUGCGGCAAGAGCUUCGCCGAGUCGGGCCAGCUCACCGUGCACACGCGCACGCACACCGGCGAGCGGCCGUACCUGUGCACCAACUGCGGCGAGCGCUUCCGGCAGUCGGGCGACCUGAAGCGGCACGAGCGCAAGCACACGGGCGUGAAGCCGCACGCCUGCGACGAGUGCUGCAAGAGCUUCAGCCGCCCGCAGAGCCUCAAGGCCCACAAGCUGCUGCACCGCGGCCAGCGCCUCUUCUCCUGCGCGCAGUGCGGCAAGAGCUUCUCCCGGAACUACCACCUGCGGAGGCACCACCUGAAGAUGCACGCCUAGGAGCCCGGACGGCGGCGUUAUGAAUAUGUAAAUAAAAACACGCACAUCAUCUUCACUGUUGACCAUUUAAUCCACAAAACAAUGCAAAGCAUGUGCACUGUACAAGCCUCAUUAUUAUUAUUAUUAUUAUUA